AAGCAUGAAGAUAAAAUCCUAAAAUAAUGGUUUUAAAAUAACCCUAACAAUCAAACCCUAACUCCACCUAGGCGCCUACAAAACCAUGAUUCAAUUCAUCUCUUCACCUGCUUGAUGAAUCAACCCACAAUUCUAUUUCAAUUCACCGAUCUUCUUCAAACCCUAGCAUCCAAAUCCAAUGGAAGACGAUGAUGAGUUCGGAGAUCUAUACACCGACGUCCUCCAGCCUCUUCAAACGACGUCGUCUGCACCUCCGAUCGAUAACACCAUCCCCAGCGACGAUGAGGAGAUUCUCUUUGGCUCCAAGAGUGUUACCAAUUCAAAACCCAAUCAAUCCGAUCAUAAUUUGAAUUUCAAUUUGAAUUUGAGUAAUAAAGAUGAAGCUGCACAGAACCCUGAUCCAGAACCUAGGGUUUUGGGGUCUAGUAGUGGUUUUAUGAAGUUAGAACAUAAGGGUAUUCAAAAAGAUCCAAUCUUUGAUCAUAAAGAUAAUAAAGAUUUUGAUAAAGGUGAAAUCUUUAAGGAGGAGAAUUUUGGGAUUGAAGAGGGUGGAGAAGAAGAAGAGGAAGAUGGGUUUAUGAUUCCGGGUUUAUCGGCAUCCGGAGCUCCGGUUUCGAACAGUAUCGAACCGGGUUGGGAUGAUAGUGAUAGUGAAGAUGAUUUGCAAAUUGUGUUGAAUGAUGAUAAUGAUAUGGGGAUGAUGGGGAUGGAAGGUGGUGGAGGUGGUUUAGAUGAGGAUGAGGAUGAUUUGGUGAUUGUUACGGAUAAUGCGGAUGCGGGUCAUAUUGUUCGUCAGCCGAUGGAGGAGAUGAAAGAUUGGGGGGAGGAUGUCGGUCAGGCGGGUGAAGGGGGCGGUGAAAGGAACGAGUUAGUGAGUGGGGAUGGUGGAGCUGCGGGUGCGGGUGCGCAGAAGAUGGGAUUUGGCGGUCAUGGGUAUCAUCCGUUUCAUUCUCAGUUUAAGUAUGUGAGACCUGGAGCUGCACCUAUUCCCGGAGCAGGUCCUGCAGCAGUUGGUGGAGCCCCGGGUCAAGUUCGUCCACCUGGAGGUCCGUUACCUUUUGCUGGUCGAGGUAGAGGUGAAUGGCGUCCACCUGGCGUUAAUAAAAAUGUUCCUCCCAAUAUGCAAAAGAAUUUUCAUUCGGGUUACGGGAUGCAGGGUUGGGGAAGCAAUGGAGCGGGUCGUGGAUUCGGCAGUGGACUUGAUUUCACACUUCCUUCGCAUAAGACUAUAUUUGAAGUGGACAUUGACGGUUUUGAGGAAAAACCAUGGAGACUCCAAGGUGUUGACGUGUCGGAUUUUUUCAAUUUCGGUAUGAAUGAAGAAAGCUGGAAGGAAUACUGCAAACAGCUGGACCAACACCGAUUGGAGGCUACAAUGCAAAGCAAGAUUCGCGUCUACGAAAGUGGGAGGACCGAACAGGAGUAUGAUCCGGAUCUUCCACCAGAGCUUGCCGCAGCAGCCGGGCACGACUUUUCAUCCGAAAACCGUAACAUUGUAAAAAUCAAUGUGCAGAGUGACUUAGCAAAGGGACCCGCACCUGCUCGGAUGCAAUUGCCAACUGGAAAGGCAAUACAGGUGGAAACCGGUUUUGGUGAACGACUUCCAUCUAUUGAUACGCGCCCACCACGAAUCCGUGAUUCCGAUGCUAUUAUUGAGAUUGUAUUGCAGAGAUCUCCGUCUCCAGAUCCUGAAUCUGUUCAAGGAGAUGAUGUUGAUGUUGUGGAGCAUCUUGAAGAUGGUUUCUCGAAAGAAAACAAAAAAGAAGUCGUUGAGAUUGAAGAUGAAGAUGGAUCCGAAGUUGACCGUUUUGAUAAACCACAAGCUUAUUAUAAUGGCAGGAAACGAGAAGUUUCCGGAAGAAGAGCACCGUUCGUUGGUUCGGCGCAUGACGUGGCAGUUACACGUGAUCGCGUCCCGCACUUUUCAGAAACCGAAGUGGAUGAUCAUCUCGAUUCUAGAAACAGUAGGCCAGUGAAGAGAACGGCAUCCAACAGAUCACCCCGUUUGACUGAUAAUCUGAACGAAGAGUCAACCGAAAGCGUUGACCGUAAACAAAGCCAUUCUUCAUCUCCGUUGACCCUUGGCAGUGGUGAGAAUCGAAGUUUUGACCAAACCGAUGCUGCUGUUAAAGACGACGUGGUUACGGAUGGAAACACAAAUGACGACAAUACCUUCAAAGACGAAAAAUUAAAACAUAAAGUGAAAAAACAAAAACUGAUCACUCGAGCGGAGCAUUCUUCUGUUGAAAGAGGUGACGAUCGAGAGGAUUCAAUUCAUAGUAUACACAUCCGGAAACCGAUGUAUGAAACGAGGGGCCGUGAUGAGUAUCCUCACAGAAAGUGGGAAUCGAAUCAAGGGUACCGGUCACACCCGAAGCCCGAAAAUUACGAUCGAAAAAGGUCGAAGGAAUCCGAAGGGGUAUGGCACGAAGACAUGAUGAAAAGAAGCCAUAAGGCGAGAGAAAACGAAAGAAGCGAUAAAAACGAACAUCGAUCAAGAAAAGCUUUGGAGAACGGUGGUUGGAAGGGUGAUUACGAUAGAGAUAUGAAUCCCGUUUUAAAGCGAAACGAUAGUUUAAAAUCGCAAACCCGUCAUCAUACCAUUCCCGAGGCCCAUAGAGAAAGUAGCAGUCGACGAAAACGGGAACGUGACCAUGACGAUAGUUUGCAAAGAGAGAAAGUCGAAAGACAUAGAGAAAGGGAUGAGUGGAAAGAACGAGAACGAGAAAAAGACAAAUCUUGGGUGGGCCAUACUAGAUUGAAAGAAGACUCUAGAAGCUCAAACAAAGAUUACCCGUUCAAAGAAACGGGCCGGGAACCGGUAAGUAGAAGGGAAAAAUUCGAAAACGAAACCGUUUCAAGACAUCGAGGGCGGGACGAUGCGUAUUUACAAGGAAAUAAGAUUAGUAAUGACGAAAGAAUACCGUCGAGGCAUGAAAGGGGAUACGGUGGUAGUAGUAAAGAUACGCACGUGGUGCAGGAUAAGAAGCAUAAAGAAACGCUAAAAAAGGGUAAAGAAACCGAUGGUACGAUUCACAAUUCGUUGUCUACUUCUAGAAGGAAUCGAGAAGAUAAUAACAGUCAGAAAAGUGAGCGGGCGAGCUCGAGAGGCAAUAUUGAACAACGUGCCAAUGACCAAAACCCCGGGAUCAGAAAAUCUUCGAAAAAGCACAAAGAAAAAGAAAACGCUUCAUCAGAUGACGAUGAACAACAAGAAUCCAAAAAAGGGCGUUCGAAACUGGAGCGAUGGACGAGCCACAAAGAGAAGGAUUUCACUCUUGACGUAAAAGAAACCGAUAUAAAAUACAAAGAUAACGGUCCUUCCACAAAGCUUCCGGAAGAAUCCGUUAAACCGCAAGAAAACCUCGAGAAACCAAAACCUUUGGCGGAAGAGAAAGCCGAGGAUGCAAAACCACCGGAAGAUAAACAUUUGGACACCGUUGAAAAGUUAAAGAAACGAAGCGAGCGGUUCAAACUUCCUAUGCCAAGUGAGAAGGAAGCUUUAGCUGUUAAAAAGAUAGAAAACGAGCCAUUGAUUUCCGCGCAGCCGGAAACCCAACCCGAGUCAGAGGUCAAAUCCGAGCGCCCUGCUCGGAAACGGCGCUGGACCAGUGGCUAAGUUCUAAUACAUGAAAACUUUGAAAUUGGAUAUGGUUUAUGAAAUGUGUAACAAUGUAGUCACUCGCGGUUUUUUCUUUUUUCGCUUUUGUUUUUAUAAAAAGGGUAUGUAUAUGUCGUGCGAAAAUGUAACGAUAAAUAGCGACGCGAACGUUAUAUCAAGUGACAUUGUUAUAGUUGAGCUGUAGGACAUUAUUUAGUUGCAGGUGAAGGAUGGAUUAAAUUCCUAAGAAGCAUUUGAGGUAAUGCUUUAACAUGCA